AUGAAGAAAUCAAUUACUCUCCCUAGCAAGCAGGAGCAAGGGAUAAAAAGUCUCAGUAAGAAAUUCAGGAUAAGUGCUCAUGUGUGCAUGGUGGACGAGUUAGUAGCCUCCAUCGUGUUUAUCAGCUUUGGCGUGGUAGCAGCGUUCUGUUGUGCAAUUGUUGAUGGAGUGUUUGCAGCACGACACAUAGAACCCAGACCUUUGUAUAACAAAAGGUGCCAGUUUUAUUCAAGUGGUAUAGGAUUCCUAUAUGAUGCCUACCAGACAGAGGUGACAUGUUAUAACUUAAACAGCAAGUGCCAGCUGAAAGUGAAGAGUAACACGUGCUAUUGCUGUGACCUGUACAACUGUGAGAAUUCAGAGCAGUCUGCCAGCUACUUUGAAUUUCUCGGCGUGAGCAGCUGUCAGGACGUGGUUCACCUGUAUAGGCUGCUGUGGUCCUCCACAGUCCUCAACAUCAUUGGCUUGUUUCUGGGGAUUAUUACAGCAGCCAUUCUUGGGGCUUUUAAAGACAUGGUACCUCUGUCCCAAAUUGCCUUCAGUGCUGCACCUCCUCCUCAGAUCCUGUACAAUCCUGCCCAGCAGAUCCUGACGUAUGCUGGGUUUUGUCCUUCUGCAGCGACUAUUUCUACAUACCCAUCCUACCCAUUACCUCUUCAG